GCCGCGCGCUCGCAGCGGGAACCAGGCGCGUCUGCCUCCGCCAGCUGCUGCCUUCCCAUGGAUUUCGAGGCGAAGAUUUUCCCUCGAACCGGAGGUUACGGACGCUACAACCGGGUGGCGGUCGUGUUCAGCUGGUUCCCGACCUUUGCAGUGGUGCUGAACUUCUACAGCGACGUUUUUUACACCCUAAUGCCGAACACAUACCACUGCAGGCCGGACCAGAGGCUGCUGCCUUCCUCUUUCAUGCUCAGCAACUACUCCAAGCAGGGCUACAUGAACCUCACCAUCCCCUGGGUGAACGGCUCCGGCCUCAGCCACUGUCAGCUCUACAAGUAUCCCGCAAACUUCUCCGACUUGUCCGGAAAAGUCCCGCGGGAGACGGUUCCCUGUACCAAAGGCUGGGAGUUCUCCUCUCUGGUGGGACUUCAGGGUAACAUUGUCACAGAGUGGAAUCUGGUUUGUGACAACUCCUGGAAGAUCCCCCUGCAGCAGAUCUGCUUCAUGAUGGGAUGGAUUGUGGGAUAUGUCUUUUUGGGUUCAUUAUGUGACUGGUUGGGACGUCGCCGUGGUUUCCUCCUCUCCAUCAGCUUGUCCAGUCUCUUUGGGGUGGCGGUGUGUCUAUCCAACAGUGUGGUGGUGUUUCUGCUGCUGCGUCUUUGCCAAGGUGCCAUGCUCGCUGGAGUGUUUGUCUCUUCCUAUAUUCUCAGGUUGGAGCUGUCUGACCCUCCCCAUCGCCUCAUGGUUGCCAUGAUCGGCGGCUUCUUCACAGUCUCUGCGGAGCUGCUGUUGCCAGGCUUUGCCGCUCUCUGUCAUGAUUGGCCAAUUCUCCAGGCUGUGACCACUUUGCCUCUGCUUCUGCUACUCUCCUAUUGGUGCUGUGCAUCAGUUUUUCCUGAGUCUCCUCGCUGGCUGCUGGCCACAGAUCACAUUCCCCAGGCCAAGAGGAGCCUGCAGGAGUUCACCACCAGGAAUGGCGUUUGUCUCCAGGAAGAGAUGUAUCCUGGGGAAACCCUGUUAUCCGAAAUAGAUUCUGCAUAUGGAGAAGACCUCCAGCCAAGGUACUAUUCAGUCCUGGAGCUACGACAGACCCGUGUUAUCUGGAAGAACUGUCUCAUUCUCAGCUUCACUCUGUUUAUUGGAACAGGCAUCCAGUACUGCUUCACCAGAAACCUGCACUUAUACUCCAACAACUUUUACUUCAUGUACUUCCUCCGUGUGAUAACAGGAGCCCUGGCUUGUGUCUUCAUCUGCAUGUCUGUUAAUCACUUUGGUCGGCGUGGAAUGCUCCUGCUCUCCGCCAUCAUCACUGGGCUCUCCUCGCUGCUGCUGCUUGCUCUCACGCAGUAUCUCAAAGGCGGUCUGGUGUUGGUCCUCUCUGUGGUGGGUUUGCUGUUCUCUCAGGCUCUCGCCAUGCUCAGCGCCUUCUUCGCCUGUGAGGUCAUGCCGACUGUGGUUCGCGGUGGCUGUUUCGGACUGGUGAUGGCAGCUGGCUGCAUUGGCAUGGCGGCCUCCUCCCUGAUGGAGCUUCAGAAUAACAGCGGCUACUUCCUGCACCACGUAAUCUUCGCCUCAUUCGCCGUCCUGUCUGUGCUCUGCAUUAUGCUCUUGCCUGAAAGCAAACGCAAGUCGCUCCCGGACUCCCUGAAGGAGGGCGAGAACCAGAGACGACCUCCUCUCUUCCUGUCCCAACCAGACAGGGACAGUCUGCCUCUGCUGUGCACGCGGCCUCCAGCGUCUGAGUACAAUCCUGAUAACUAUUCCCGCUUGGUUUCUGCCACCAGGAAGAUGUUGUCCAAGGAUAAUUUGCCAUACAGGAUUGCUGGGCCCACUGUUCCACCCCUGCUAUCAGACAGCAACACACAGGAGCAGGAAAAUGAAACACAGAGCGAGGUUGCAUCAUAAACCUGUGAGCAACCUCCUACUGCAGACUGAUUCAGACUUUUUCUCCAGGCCUCUUCCAAAGAUACCUCAGGUGGAAAACUCAUCUAAAGUACUGACCUCAUAGCACCUUAUUUCCGUCUCUUGCUAAAUAAGAUUUAGGCACUUCUUAUAUUUGGUGGUUCAGGACAUUUAGCUGAAGCCUUUGGUCAUCCAACCUGCAGUUCGUAUUUCAAGAGCUCUCACUGGGCUUUAAAAAUCUACAUCCUGUCUGUUGUUACCUAGAAAAAUAUUUUUAAAGGAUUAGUUUUUUGAAAAACGGGAUUAUAUGCAGUAUGUCAAUAUCAGUAUGUGAGACAUUCGAGAAAAAAUCUAAUCUGAGCUGGAUGCUCAUCCAUGAGCAAGUCUCCAAUGUGAAAUUUGUUUUCUUUUCAUCUGUAGAUCCUGUUACUGCCAAACUCUUACCUGAAACUACUGCCUUCUUAUAUUUUAAUUUAUAUAGAUAUCUUCAUAUGUCUGAGGAAAAAGCCACAUUUCAGCCAUUGAAGUUGUGUUUAGAAUAUACUGAGUUGCAGUUUCCAUCAGCCGCACUGCAUUGCUGUAUUAUUGGAAAAUAAAAAUGUACAGAAACAAAUCUAUAUUAAUAAAAUUAUGAGGUCUGAACAUAUUUAAUUUGCAUGAGCUGCUAUGAAAGAGGGAGUUGAAUAUAAAUUUCAAACAAUUGUAAUAAAA